UAUCCAUAGAGAUUAGAUAUUGAUGAUGACAUCUAAAAAAAUUCAAUAUUCCACAAAGUUUUCAUAUUCGCUUAAUAAUUAUCUAAUCAAAUCGUAAUCGUAAUUUGACCUUCCCUAAAUUUCCACAUAGAAUUUCUAGUAAUAUACAAGAUGAUGAAACAGACUUUUGGUUAUGUUAGACAGAUAACAAUUUAUUGAUAAAAAAGUUCAUUGGGCUUUUCGAAUUUCAGAAAUCAUCAGAAAUGAAUCAUUUAGGAGAAAGAUAAUCCCACGAUAAAUCUUUAAAAGGAUCAAUUAAAUCAGUUAUUUAACUCCAAUUUUCAAUGCAAUUGUAAACGAAGAGUUCCUUAAGAGCAAUAAUUUGUCUCUGCCUUAAUAACUCGAAUUCUAGAAUGGACACGUACGAUUUAUGCAUCAUCGGAGCUGGUAUGUUUGGAUCUUCGGCCGCCAGGCAUGCGUCCGCCAACCCCUGUUUGAAAGUUUGCUUAAUUGGUCCUGAAGAGCCAAAGAUAGAAGAAUAUAAUUCUCGAGAAAUAUUUAGUUCUUAUUAUGACGAAGGUAGGGUUGUUCUUGUUGCAGAACGCGAUCCAGCAAUUCAGGUUUUAUCCAAGCAUUCAAUCAACAGAUUUAGAGAGACAGAGAAGUUAUCAGGAAUUAAAUUCUAUCAUCCAGUUGGAACGUUGCUGGCUGGAGAAAAAGGAAGCCCGCUUCUUCUAAGUUGGUUAGGUGAACUGAAAAUGAAUCGAGUUCCCUUCAUCGAUUUGUCUCAAGCAGAAUCACUAAAUAAAAGAUAUCCAUUUCUGAGACUAGAAGAAUGUUUCCAUCCAUUCCUUGACAACAGUGGAGCCGGUCACAUAAGCCCUCGCAACCUCGUCGAGGCUCAGAAAAAGUUGGCGAAGAUGCAAGGUUGCCAUUUGAUAAAUGAGGUCGUCCAAGAGGUAUCAGAAAAUGAUUCUGGAGAGCACAAGAUUUUAACAGAAAGUGGAAGAAUAAUAAGAGCUAAAAGAGUUUUAUUUUGCACGGGGGCAUUUACGAAAUUCAAAAAGCUUGGCCUACCUCAGCACUUAAAGAUCGCUGUGCACAAGGAAACAGCAGCACUGCUGGAAGUUCCUGAUGAUGAAAGGGAAAGAUUGAGUUCUAUGCCAACAAUUAUGAUGUACAAAAAAGAAAUAGAGGACAUGCCUCCAAGUACAACUGGAACGUACAUUCUUCCUCCAAUCCUUUAUCCCGAUGGAAAAUAUUACUUAAAAAUUGGACCAAUGGGACAUCAGAGAAAUUCUGAGUUAACCACACUCCAAGAAGCAAAGGAAUGGUACAGUGACCCUGGAGACUCCGAAGUCAUGGAAAAAAUGUCUAGGCUCAUUUUCAAAAUUAUACCGAAUUUGAAGGUCACAGACGUGCGUAGUAAGACGUGCAUCACGUGUGACAGCCCACCCCAUCUGCCAUACAUAGAUCGAAUAACACCAACAGUGACCAUCGCAGUCGUGGGUAAUGGAUUGGGUGCAACAACAUGUGACGAAAUAGGAAGGAUAGCGUCUGAGCUUAGUGUGACGGGAAAAUGGGAUUCAGAAUUGCCGAAGUCUCUUUUUGAAGCCAUUUAUGAUCAAUGAUAAAUCAAUACUUUUGUUUAUUAUAAAAAGAACAAUGCGCUGGGUUUUUUUUUCUAUUAUAAAUAAUUUUUGAAAUAGAAUGCAUUUUUUAUUAUUAAGUGAUUUCCCAUUAUUGGGUUUUAUUAUAUUAU